GUCGAAAGAACAUCGGACCGUGUUUCAGCUCUAGGUUUUUUUCCCCGAGAAGCAGCAGCAGCAGCAGCGUUUGAAUAUAAAAUCAUUCCCCAUUUCGAGCUAGAACGUCGUUGAGACCAACCAGGAAGAACCCAACGGCGCACCAUGCCUUCGGCUGCAAAUACCGCAACUGCUACCGCUGCCGCUUCCGCUGCAACUGCCAUCGCCGCCACUAACAACAACAAUGCCAGCAAGGAGAAGCGCUCCUCCAUCAGUUCGCUGGGCGGACCGGGAAUCGCAGGACUUGGAUCAGGAUCUGGAGCUGGAGUUGCGGCGGUGACUGCAUCUGCCACCAACGGCCAAAAUAACAACAGCACGGCCACAGCGGAGGGCAGCCAGUCGGAUCUGGCCAAUGGAAAUGCUGUCAAGUCAAAGGCUGCUCCAGAGCCCUACAAUCCGCUUAAGCAGCUGCUGGUGACCAUCGAGCACAAGAUCAGGAAUCUGGAGAAGCGAAAGACCAAGCUGGAGUCCUAUCGCGCCAUACAGAGCAGCGGGAAGGAACUGAGCGGCGACCAGGCAUCUGCCGUGGCUAAAUACGAUGCGGUCUUGGCCAAUCUGGAAUUUGCUCGCGAGUUGGCCAAACACAUUCAGCAGCAAUCCAAGGAGGCCGACAAGGAGCAGAAAAAGCAGGCGCGCAAGGACAAUCUGGCUAAGAUGAUUGCUGAAACGAACAAAAUUCGGGAGGUUCUGAUCAUCCAGAAUGUGAUCAGCUGCUUUAACGACGAACAAGUGCGCAACGAUUUCCUGGCCGGCGAAAAUGGAGCGAAAAAGUUGGAAAGCAGCGAAGUGGAUCUGUUGGAAAAAUUCUUCUUGGAGACCCAAACGCGUCGACCGGAAACCGCUGAUGAUGUUAGCUUCAUUGCCACUGCCCAGAAAUCUGCUGAAAUAUUUUCUUCGACCAUCAAUGCGCGUCCAAAGCCCUAUGGUGAGGUGACCUUCGAGAAGUUGCGAACUCUCUUCCAGCAGAUCCAGGACUCUGGUUAUUUGGACAAGUACUACUUGGUGCCUCUGGCCGAAAACGCGGUGGCCAACAGUACAGACAGUGGCACCGGAAGUGGCGACGGCGACGGCGGUGACUUGUUGAACGAUGGUUCUGGAGAGCUCGACACUGAACUACCAUCGGAGCCGUCGGCUCGAAACUCAUUGGAGGAGGGAUUAGAUAAGUUGCAUCUGGGAGUGCAAACGGAACUAGAGCAACAGCCACAGCAGCCUGAGCGUCCGGGCCAUCUUCUACUGGAGCAACAACAACAGCGAGCUCCAUCUCUGGAGCAUCAACAGCAGCAUAACUUGGUUCUGCAGCAUCAACCACAACAGCCGCCCCAGGUAUAUCAAGCUGCUCCUCCGGCCGGGGGAACCACCACGCCAGUGCAUGUGCUAUACGCUCCAGCGCCGCCUCCCCAGCAGCAGCCACAACAGCCGCCGCCACAUCCCCAUCAGCUGUUGAGCAGCCCCGUGAAUCUCCAGGCUUUGCAGACAGGAGCCGCAGCUGCGCCACCACAACAACAGCAGCAGCAUCCAACUCACUUCGCUCCCAAUGUAAGGGCUGUAGAGCAGAACUAUUUCAAGCAGCCACCGCCGCACCCGCAAGUUCCUGGUCUACAGGGACAACCAACGCCGCAGCAGCAACAGUUUAUACAGCAAUUUCGCCCUUUGGCGGAGGUCUUAGGCACAGGAAGUUUCCACUUUCUGCAGGACAGUGAAUUGGACAAUCCUGAGGCCUUAGCCCCACCGCCUCCGACCAAUCAAGGAUUGGUAUUCGAACAACAGCCGCAGCAGCCCAACCGUGUCGAAGAACCACCGCAGGCCAUACAAACCCUGACUUUCACCAACCAGUCGUUCCCGUCUCAGCAGCCUAAGCCCCAGCAGCCGGUUCCUCCGCAGCAGCAUCUCUUCUCCCCGGUUCUAAUCAACGAACAACGUCAACAGCAACCACAGCAGCAGCCCCAACCGAUGCUGAUUAUCCCGCGUCUGCCAACCCAGCAGCCUCAACAGCCUGCUCCUCAGGGAAUAGGUAUGCAGGCAGGAGAUGUGACCUCAGUUUUUCCGUACGAAAGUGCAGUGGUUACCUAUGAGCAGCAGAUCCAGCAGCAGCUCAAACAACAGCAGCAACAACAGCAGCAGCAACAGCAGCUGGAAGAGCCUUCAUCUGGUAACACCUCUUCGAGUGUAGGAGCUGGUGGGGAUGUGGAGAACAGUGAAUGGAAUGCCCGUAAUAACGAUACGAAUGCAGCAGCCACAGCUGCGCUUACGAAUGUGCUGAAAGGCGAGGCCACGCCUCCGGCACCGCCCACCAAGUGGAGCUCAGAAGUGAAUGCCAUGAGCAGUGCUGCCUCGAAUGGAAGCAGCAACACCAGCCACAAGCAGGAGUGGGCCACGCCCAGGGACCAUAGCGCUGGUGGUGGCAAUGGCGGUUAUGCGGACAACGAGGGUAACAACCACUGGAACAGCUCGCAAGGCGAGGGACGUCGCAACUCCGGCAAUUACCAACGUCGUGGUGGAGAUCGGGAUAACCGUGAUCGUGAUCAGGGAGGGCGAGGUGAUGAGCGGCGCAAUGGUGGCGAUAGAGGCAACUACCGGUCGCGUCAAUACGGCAACUCAUCGAACCCGAACGGACGCAAUUCGGGCAACAGUGGCGUGUACUUUCGCAACAACGAGUCUGGCAAUGGUGGCGGCAAUAGUUACUACCAGAAUGGAGGAGGAGGUGGCGGCACGUACAAUAAGGAGUCGCGUUACGAAUCCUCUGGUGGCGGCGGAGGCAACUAUCGUGGCCAGCGCGGUGGCAACCAACAGAGGAAUGUUAAUGGAUCGUACGGCGGCGGCAGGCCCAUGGGCGAUCGUGGGCGUAGCGGAACGGGCAACCAGGGAGGUGGUGGUGGCUACAUAAACCGCCAGAACCAGUCGCAGCGCAUGCCACUCGGACUGGAGAAUAAAAACUGAGGAUAUAAUACGUAUUAACCGCAAACAAAAACUUACAAUUCAUGCAAACCAUACACACAAAAAACUCCAUACAGAAAAAACAAGGAAACCAAUCAUCCACAUGCAAGUAAUGGCCACGUAGACGUACAAUUAUGGUUACGUAAAAAAAAUAUAAAAAAACUCUCAACCAGAAGAAAUGGAGAUCUAUCAAAAGAAUCCUUUAAAACGCAACUAGGGAAACGAAAAUGAAGCAUCAGCAGACACAAUUCGUUUCAAUACAAUUUAUAAUUAUUUCCCUUGAUUUUUGGUUUAUUUGAUAAUGUAUUAAUAAUAAAACAAAAUAGUUGUUAGAAACAAAAAAAAAUACAACUAUAUACAGGAAAGUAAACGCUCUAAGGGUUUCUAAAACUCCCAAACAGGACAGGACUUCGGCAAACUGAAACAAUCGAAGAAUGGGCAAAACCGACCGACCGAUAUCCCUGUUUGGCGGCGUUGAUGAGUUAAAUAGCAGAGGUCGAGAGGAAGAAAAUAAAAAGUAUUUAUACGUCUUAGCAAUUAAAUAACGAUUCUGAAACAUACAAAUUAAUUACUAUUACCUAUAUAUAUAAACGAAUGAUAAAAAUAUUUAUAGUUUGUGCUCUUACUGUCAUGCUCUAUACCACUUCAAAAACUUUUUUUUCUGCCAAACUUUUACACACAAACUAAGAAACAAAAAUACAAGAACCACGUAACAAAAUAAUAGUUGUAAUUAACAAUGCGUGAAUGAAGAAGCGUGCACAUUAAAAGUGCAUUAUAAAUGAAAUGAAAGCUAUGUAUUUGCAAAAUAGUACAUAUAUUAAACAAAGGUAUAUAAA